CGGCCUGGCUUCGCGAAACCGCUUGCAAAGACGCACGUUGUACAAACGAAAACGGAACGCGAUGAAGGAUGUUGGAUUUACAGGCGAAACGAUUACAUAUGAAUUCCGUUUCCUAUAAGAAAUUCCACAUACCUAGAAAUGGGAAACCGUUUCCCUAAUAGUCCACCACCUACUCAGGCUUUCUCACAGCAGCGGUUUUAUAUGAUCCCCUGGUUCUCGAGUUUUAUAAUUUCUCCCCGUCAGUGGUUCCCUGUCUGGAAAUGGUUAAUGUUUGUUGGCAAUGCGGUGAUGUUGGUAUUAGUGAGGCAUUUCUUUACUGCAUUGAGUGCAAAAGUGCUGGAAGACAUAGCUAUUGCCUAGAAGAAAUACCCGAAGAUCUUACUGCAGAAAUCGAUUGGUUGUGUGAAGAUUGCAGAAGCAAGUCUCCUAAUUCUGUCAGCAAGACAAAGUUCCCCACACCAGCUUCUCUGGGAAUUCUUGAUCAUGCUUCUGUAAGAGCCCAAAUUGGACUAAAUAGUCCUUGUGAAGAAAUUGGGUCUGCUAAUGACCAUUUGGUUAGUUCCCAAGAUCAACAUACAGUUUCUAAUGCUAGAAUUGGUUCAAGUGUGAAGCUAGACAAUCAUGUCUCCUAUGACUAUGAAAGGAAUACCUUAAGUUGUGCUAUUGGUGGUGCAUCAGCUACAAUAAUCUCAUCUGCUCAGUUUAAACAGAAUGAUGAUGAUAUAGAAGAAUUUGACAAUGAAAAGUCAAAAAGAGAAAGACCAAUUCUGUCAGACAAGGAUGCGUUAGAUGAUUCUCAACUUCUCGUAGAGGCUCAAGGUACCGAUAUUCAGUUCGCAGUUAAAAGGUCACUUAAUAACUCUGUUGAGGCAUCCAACUUGCAUUUAAUAGGAGGGACCUGUGAAUUAGAAGCAGGAGGGCUAAAAGAAGAUGAAACUGUUGAAUCUGAGAAGGAAAGUUCAAAGAGGAGAGAAUUGAUUCUAUCAGACAAGGAUGAGUUAAACAGUUUUAAUCAUCUUAUUAAUGAUGAAGGAACAAAUUUUUCAUUAGCAAGCAAAGGAAUGCCGGGCGCUUCUGUUGAGCCUUCUGACAGUAGGGUGAUAUUAGGGAGGGGUGCAAGAUGCACCACCCAUAAUUUUUGUUCGGUGGGAUCAUCUGCUUGUUGUAAGCAAGAAGAUGAUAAAAUAGAAGAAUAUGAGAAGGGAGAGUCAGAAAGUAGAAGAAUGAUUUUACCAACUAACCAUUUUCGUCCCCUAGUUGAUGGUCAAGGAGGCAGUAUUUCAUUCGUAGUGAAAAGGUUGCCCAGUACAAUAGGGAGAAGCUUAAGCAACGAUGGCAAUGAGUUAGAUGCUGUGAGAUCAUCUGCCUACUUCACAGUAACAGAAGAUCAAAUAGAGGAAUAUAGAAAGGGAAAUUCAAAGAGAAGAUUGAUUGUGCCAUACAACUAUAGGCUAGACAAUUUUGAUCCUGCCAUUAAUGGUCAAGGCGCCAAAUUUUCUUUCACAGUUGAACAUGUCGUUUGUACUUCUAUGGAACCAUCUGACAUGACUUCAAAGUGGAUCUCAAGCUGUGGAACCAACGCAUUAGAUGCAGUAGUAUCAGCUACCUGCUCCGAGUUUAAAGAAGGUCAAAUAGAAGAGCAAAAGGAAAAGCCAGUGAUAAGGAUGAUUGUACCAGGCAUGGAUCAGUUGGAUAAUAUUCAACCUUUCACAGUUGGUCAAGAUUCUAGUAUUAAGUUUGCAAGAACAAGUUUGUCUGGAACUUUCAACGGUCAUCUAAAAGGUGAAAUAAAAGCACAAUCCAAGAAAAAGCGAAAAAGAAGAAGGCCAAGGAAAAGAAGAUUGAUUCCAACGGUCAAUUUGAUUCUACCAACUGAGCAUGAAUUGAACAGUUUGCAUUCUGUUAUUGAUAGAGGAGAUGCGUCGAAUUUUGCAACUAAAAGGUUACCUGAUACUUCGGUCAAGCCAUCUGAUAGACAUGCAGAAAAAUGGAUCGACACAAAAGCUGAAAUUAAUAUUCCUUGUCAACUAACACCACCUUCAUUGCCUUUUAUUUAUCCUGUUUGGAGAGGAUGCUUCAACAUUAACAAAGCAGAACUUGGUCCCUUAAGGGCUCAUCUGUCUACCACAGCAUGUUUAAAGGUAUGCAACUUUGCUAGAAAGUUGCCCUUGGUUCUUUACAUGCAGAAGCUUCCGCGAUUGGUUGCUUGGCCAAAUAGUUUCAAGGUUUCGUCCCCAACAGUUGAUAAUAUUGCCCUUUACUUCUUUCCUGAAUCAGACAGGGCCGAAACUGUGCUUGAUGAGCUUGUUGAUGAUUUCAUCAACAAAGAUUUAAUGCUAAGGUUUGAGUUUGAUGAAGUUGAGUUGCUUAUCUUCUCCUCGUUCAUGCUUCCGCGAGAACAUCAAAUGUUCUCUGGAAAGUAUUAUGCAUGGGGAGUUUUCAAGCCAAGAUCUGCUAAGAUCUCCAGUUUGCCAGCAGAUUCUCAUACUACAGAUCAAGUAGGUGAAACCUUGAAACCAGUGAGGAGAAGUGAAAUGGAGGGCCAUAAUGAUGGGCUAUUCAAAGAUUCUGCUCAAGAAAAUCCUUGGUUUGACCAGGGCAAGGGACAGUAAGGGUUCUUGAUGAUUCAUCUGAUGCUUGUGAGGAAGGAAAGCUCCAAACACUUUGCAGGAAAUCAUCUGUGCUAGUUGAGCUUCCCUGGCACAAAGAAGGGUGGCUUGGUGACUGUGAAAAGAAAUGUGAUCUUAAAAUGUCAGAGAAUUAUACUUUGGAGUUGAAAGAAGUUGCUGAAGAGAGAAAAGAGAGUUGAUAAUAAGUACACUGAUGGCGUCGACCAACUGUGAGAGUUGAAGAAUUUUGAUGGAGAUUUCGUUUGGGAUGAUUAUCUCACUGCUUCUUGAAGCAGCUUUCUAGUAUAAAAUUUUUAAUUUUUGCUAAAAAAUUGUUUUAAGAAGCAGUAAAAAAAUCAUUCCAGAUGAAAUCUUAGGUUUCGUUUGGGACGGCUUUCUUUUUGCUUUUUAAAACAUCUUUCUAGUACAAAAUUUUUUUGAAUUUAAAAAUUUUAUGCUAGAAAGCCGUUUUAAAAAGUAGUACAAAAACAGUCUCAAAUGAAACCGAAGUCCGCGACAACUUCCUGAAGGGAGACACCAUAUUGCAGACUUAAAAUAUCUUAAAUCAUGCUCGAGCUGCUUUCAUGUUGUGGAGAACAUAGCCAUUGCUGGAUUGAGGUCAGUGAAGGAAGAUAUUGAAAUGAAGGUGGGGCUUUGUAUCUCCUAUUUUGAUAAACAUCAUGGUUGAUGGUAGUUAAAUCAAAGAGGAAGGGAGUUUUAUGCGUUAUUCAUUUUAGCACCUUUCUAUAGUUAUGUACAGCAAUAGAAAGAUCAAGCCUUAAUCGUGCAGUCGGUUUUAUAACUCUGUAUAAUAUGAAAAUUUUGCCUCUUAUAAGUUUGCAUUAAAUUCA